ACCAGAAGCAUUCACAUAGGAAACGAACAAUGUUCACUGAGGACCAACUGGAAGCCUUGGAAUUCUUGUUCAGUCAGAACCCUUACCCCCCACCCAGCCUGCAGAAGGAGAUGGCCUUGAAAUUGGAGAUCCACCCGACAGUACUUCAGGUUUGGUUCAAGAACCACAGAGCAAAACUCAAGAAAGCCCAAUACAAGCACAUGCAGCAAAAACCAAAACCUGAACAAGAGCAUGCAGCUGGGGUGGACCUCAAGACCAGCUCUUCCAAGAGAAACAUGGCUACAUCUCCAGGAUUCUCUCAUGGUGCCUACCCUGCGUCCCUGGUUUACACAGAUCAUCCAAUACCUUCCUUCCAACUCCGCAUAUGCCCCAAUUUGAAGGCUCUCCCAGACCAUUCCACUGGCCACAAAAUAGUCCACUUUGGCUGCUGUCAAGAUCCUAAUAUCUACUCCCUUUGUCCCAUUUUGGAAUCACAGAUUCUUUCUGCAAGUUUCACUGUUAAUCCCUUUGGUUCUACAUCACCACAAAGAGCCUUAUGAGAGAAGCAAGACACAAAACGUUACAUACUGUCAUUUGCAACGAUGCCCAAACAAGGGACAGAUAUGAGAUCUACACAACCUGGACGCAUUUCA